CUCCCAAUUCUACCAUCUUCUUCUCCAUCCCAGGUUAGGGACCAUGGAGUAUCUUUCCAUAGAUUCCAGAAUGAGUCAGACUUUCAUAUCGCGACUGGAAAUCAACACCUGGAAUGGCACGUGUUGCAGAAACAACAGGAAAGUUUGUGGGGUUUAGUUCCUGUGCUCCAAAAAUCUCAAGAAGCCACUUGUCCUCAAGCUCUUAACCUCCCAUUGGUCAACCGGUCGUCCCAUGCCUAUGAACCAGUCUCUGUCCUUGGCCAUUUUCCUAUCACCAGUGAACCCCAGGAGAAACUGGAGCUCCACGUUCCAAGGAGGCUAAUUCCACGAUGGUGCCUCCAAGCCUGUAGGAAUCUAGAGCCCCCAGCACUGAUGGAGCCUCAGUAUAAAUUAAAAGAAGUACCUCAGCAGAGAGGCACACAUGUUCACUUACAAAUCUCUGAGCUUCAGGGCAAGGAUAGCAAGGAUAUAGGGAAGACUGAAUUGGGUCUCCCAGCAAAUUUCCAUGAGAGGGCCCCAACAAAGUUUCAGCUAAGGGAUGACAUGAGGAAGAAUCUUGGCUAUAUCCUAGAGAAGAGCCCAGAAGACAGUCCCACAAGAGGUCUCAGAAUGUUACCUAGUGCAGGGUCUGAGGGCUGCUUUGGAGACAAAAACUAACUGUGUGUGUCACUCAAGGAAUCACUCAGGGAAUGAAUUAUUAAAUGUCUCAAGGAAGGACAUAGAUUGGAAUCAAAGAAAAACCAUUCUUAGAUUACAUGUGAGCACGAAGUCUUGGCAGAUCAGUGCAGGUAGGAUUCCUAUAGGUGUGUGUCGUUCAUGGCUGGCUGACGACAAUACUUUGCCUCCUUCUGGGAGUUCCCAGACCGAUAUGGAAGAUGCAGAUUCAAAAAGUGCAAUGGUAGGUAAAGUCUACCACCAGAUUAGCACUCUAGAGCUUUCUUUUCUUGAUCCUAACAUCCGAAAGGUGCUAGAAGCCCAUAUUUUAAGGUUUCGUGUGACUCAGAGAUGGGGUCUACCCCUCAAGGUUCUUGAAUCCAUAAAAUUCUAUAUGUUGAGGGAAGCCAAAACAUGGUCUCUUCCUCAAUUUGACUUUCCCUCCUCAACCACCCAUAUUUCUGGGGUGGAUUCCAAAGGUGAGGUUUCCAAGCCCCUUGAAGGAAGUUCUAAAACUUCUCAGGGAAACAAGGUGAGAACUACAAAUUCAGUCCCGGUGCUGGAUCAUCCUCUUCCUGUUAUCUCAUCUGUGGACAAAGAAGGACAGUGGGCCCCGCAACCAUCACACUCUGAUAUUGACCAAAGGCUUGCAGAGGACAUUCAGACAAUUGAGCAUGGCAGACAGACUUUUCAGCCGCUCACACACAGAAACAAAGACAAAGUGAGUCAGAGUGAGACUCUACUAGACCACAGAUGCAGCCCAGAGGUGCCCAUAAGGCAAGCCGGGGAUGGACAUGAGCCAAGGGAUGAGAACAUGAACUCCAGUGAUAGAGUAGAAAUGAUUCAGGGCCCAAAGAUAGUGGGGAAGAAUUUAGAACACUCUUUCAUGUCCAAUGUAUCCAGGGAGAUAUUCAAGGCCAAGGAGCUGUGUGCUCUUAAAUCACAAUAUUGUGACAUCUUGACCACCAGCGAGUUGGAAAGCUCCCAAAUGGCAUAUGUCAAUAUGGAUAAAAUAGAAACUACCCUGACCACCCAAUGUCCCUCACCGAAAAUAACUGUUCCCCAAGAUUCUAAACUAUCAGACCUUCAAAACCAGCUGCUUAGUGAGUUAAAGUUUAAAUUCGAGGGUAAGGAGCAUAGCCAGGCCGUACACUGUCCCACUGACAUGCGCCUGAUUUCAGGUAGGUUGCCUUCCAAGUCUUCACUGGUUCAUGUCCACAGUGUCUCCACUGGGGACAUGGCAGCUUCCCAGGUGCUGCAUGUCCACUUGGAGGACAGUGGGAUCAGCACGGAGCAGAGGCAGGAUCCCUCUAAGCAUGUCUUAUGGAACUGCCAGGAUAAGAAUUUCCCACCUGUUGCAAAGAGAGUGAGACCUCCGGGCUCCAAAGCAGGAGAAUACAGAAGUGAGGAUUCGGGACUAGGGACAUCUACAGGCAGAAAGAAGAGCCACCCUGUUGAGGAAAAUUAAAGGACACUUCCCCACCUCUGUCACAGAAUGAACAGCUUCCUCCAGAAAGUUACUUCAGAAAAAAGAUGAGGUGAUUUUUCCAGUGGAUUGACUCCAAGAGGAAAAUCAAAGACCAGGAAAGUCCCCAGCCAAAAGCCAAAUUCAUGUCAACCUUUGUGCAGCACCAAGACUCAGUUGAAAGUGCAGCUAUCUUUGUGAGUUAUGAGCCUCCUGAAGCUCAGGAGCUCACGACAGCCAUUGGGAAGAUCCUAGAGGAGAAGCUGGCAUGUAGGUUCAAAUCUGAGGCCUUGGAGUUAAGUCAGCACAAGAAGAAACUGCAGACCCAGGUACAGCCUGACAAGGGACAUCCCUCCAACUGUGGGGCUCUCUCUGACCCACAGCAAGAGGAAUGGGCAUGUACCAAGUCCUCAAAUCAAGAAGCUGUUUCUGUUGACCAGAGUUGUCUUACAAGUGUUAGACAGAGCAGAGACAGGAUCAGACAUCACCAGAAAGUUGUGGCCUUUGAGGACUAGUUAUUAUGCCAGAGUCAACUCUCUUCCCUGUCCUCCAGGGAGCUUG